CAGCUGCAGGAGACUCGAAGGCUGUGAGAAAUCAUCAUCAUGUUUUGCUGAUGACUAUUUUCAUGGCCCUAUUAUUUCCCCAUUGAUUAAUUGAAAAUAGAUUGUACGGUGCUUAGGAUUUCAUAAAACAAAACUUAUAUUAUAGAAUCUUUCUAUCCAUGCUCAAUUUACCCUCCCAUUGUUAUUGACAGACCUACACUAAAUGCCGAAAUAUGCAAGUUGUGUUUAAUUUGUCAUCGAACCAUCGUAAACAAACUUGCUGAGUCAAAGGUGUUGUAGUUGAUACCCUCUAUGGACAAGAAGCUGUUUUUGAUCAAUUUCCAUAAAAAGUAGUGGAGGACAUCAAAAUGUCACAAUAUCAGUUCGAUGGAGAGUUCAGGCGUAUGCCUCAGCAAUCGUAUGGAGGUGCAAGCAAAGUCGAAGAUAGGAGUGAACUCAUUCGAAGGGCUCAAGCUGAACGUCAAAAGAGAGAGGAACAGAGAAGAAAGCUGAACAGUGUGAAAGUUAUUCAGGCCUUAGUUCGUAGUUUUUUGACAAGAACAUACCAGAAAAAAUUACUGCGAGCUCAGUUUGACACUCUUUUAACUAGUAGCAGUAAUGGUUCUCAGUGGAAUCAAUUGUCAUUACUCUCUUCAAAACUACUAUUCUUCUAUUCGCAGGAAACUGAUGGCUUAAGGCUGGUUAACAUCCUGCAACUGAUGUUGAAACAAAAAGCUGCUGUUUUAGAAUCUGCUCUGAGGCCUGGUGACCCAUGGCAGUGGCGUUUACGCAGACUUUUGUUAUUGAGUGUGCAGUAUGUAUGCAGUGCAAGUACAAAAGACUCAAUUGCAUCUCCUUUAAGAGUUGUGGAGGUUUUCACAUCCCUAGAAAAUGUUCGUCAAGUUCUUGGUGAACAAGGGGCUGUGCUACAUCUCUCUAACACUUAUGCCUAUUUAGUGAGAAAGGGGUACAUGCAAUACGUUCGAGAGCUCUUGGAUAGUCGAACUCCUCCAUUACUUGAAACUUCUACAAACCCACCAACACCCUUAGUGGCUUGUUUGUUGGAGAUGCUGGUUCAACCUUUACAGCUUGUAUCAGUUAUGCCAGACUAUCAUAUUAGGAUGACUAUAUUGAAAGGACUUUGUGAGAGUAUACUUUGCCCGCCGCUGACUGAGCCUAUAAAAUUAUUUGUGUUACCAGCUCUAUCUGUUCUCCCUGAAUUUCCUUUUGCUGCUUUGACUGAGACAUUAUGCUAUGACUUAAAAUCAGUAGUUCCCUUCACCUCAUUUCUCCUGUACUCUUUCUUAACUCUGGAUCCAACUAAUUUAAAGGAACAUGGGUUGAUGCCAAAACCAUUCCUUCAAAGCUACCUUCAAAUUUUGGCGGCCCUUACGUCAAAAAUGGGUCAGGUUUUACCUCUAGCAGCAAAGAUGAAGAUGGAUGAUGAUUCCGAUCAGGACUCUGAUAGUGAAAUUGAUUCAAAAAGAAAGGGAAUAAAAAAUGAAGAAAUAGAGGUGAUACAAGCUUGCGUCUCACUCAUGAAUAAUCCAACUAGGGUUCAAAGCCUCUUAAAUUCCUUAGAGGCUUGCUCAGGGGAUCCUCUUAUUCUCCAACCAUUAUGUCAAGUUUGCCAUAAUUUACUAGUUUCACAUCGUUCUGCUGCCCACCAGUAUCGUAUUUUAAAUUUGUUAGCUCUGAGACCAUCAUUUUUACGUGCUGUAUGGACUGCUGCUACAUUAGUAACUCAAACCUCAAUAUUUGGAGAGGCCACUCCCCUAUUAAAUGUUAUUGCACGAGGUGUUCAAACUACUCCAGAAGACUCUGUGAAGAUUGUCCCCCUUUUGGCUGUGUUCUGUUCCCUUAACACAAUGCUUUUAAUCACUCUUCAUGAUGCUGAAUUUUAUUCCGAUGAAAUAACAGCUUUAGGUGUAACAGCUCAAAAUAUGCCUUUUACUUUAAAUGAGUUGGUUACCAUUAGCCUUCGACUGAAGGAGGUGAGCCUCGGCCUGGUUGAACUGGCAUUUCCCGAAUCAAGGCCUUCUGUACGAGAGGAUUACCGUACUGCUGUAACAACACUCCAUGAUCAUCCGAUUGUUUCACAAACAGCUCAAGAUACCCAAAUGUGGUCACAUCUUUUUAAGGUCGUGGUUGGUCUCGUCCAGCAACUCCAUGCUCGAGAUCUUAGAAGACAGUUUUGUCCACUAGACCAUUGGAUCUCCAAGCAAAUUGUGAUUCCUAUGGAGAAACCUAAAGACUUUGUCAUCAGAAGGCAAAGGUUAAGGGCCUACAGACCAUUCCAGACUAUUCGUGUUCUUUCGAGAGAUGAGUUAGUUGAUGGUCCCCCACUUACAACAAAGGAAGUUAGGGUGUUAACCAUUUUAAGGGAGUUACCUUUUCUCGUAGCAUUUCAAGAACGAGUAAAGGUUUUCCAAUCAUUGGUUUACAGAGAUAAAAUUGAACAUCAGGGUGAAGAAGUACAAUUUCUCAUGGGUAGAACAAUAAACAUUAGCGUUAGGAGAUCUCAUUUAUAUGAAGAUGCUUUUGAUAGGCUCUCCCCUGAAAAUGAACCUGACCUACGUCUAAAAAUGCGAGUUCAGUUGACAAAUGUGGCUGGAGCUGAGGAGGCUGGAGUUGAUGGAGGGGGGCUCUUUCGAGAAUUCUUAUCAGAGCUGUUGAAGACAGCGUUUGACCCCAACAGGGGUUUUUUCAUGACAACCAAUGACAAUCUUUUGUACCCCAAUCCGAAUGUACAUCUUAUUGUCGAAGAUUUUACUAGACACUAUUACUUUAUAGGAAGAGUCCUUGGAAAGUGUUUGUAUGAAAACCUCUUGGUUGAGUUACCUCUAGCCGAAUUUUUCCUUUCCAAGCUGAUUGGAAGAAAUUCUGAUGUGGGUGUACACCACCUUGCAUCACUUGACCCUGUAAUGUACAAGAAUUUACUCUUUCUGAAAAACUAUGAGGAAGAUGUUUCAGAGUUAGGUCUUGAUUUCACUGUUGUGAAUGACGAACUUGGAGAAACAAAGGUUGAGGAGCUGAAGCCGGGGGGCUCAAAUAUUCCUGUGACAUCAGUAAAUAGAAUUGAAUAUAUACACUUAACAGCAGACUAUAGGUUGAAUAAACAAAUAAGAGCCCAGUGCAAUGCGUUCCGUCAGGGCUUGGCAAAUGUUAUUCCCUUAGAAUGGAUCCAUAUGUUUAACAACAAGGAGGUCCAAGUUCUUAUAUCUGGGGCUGAAAUACCUGUAGAUAUUGAGGAUCUUAAAAAUCAUACAAAUUAUACAGGUGGAUUUGAGCCAAACCAUAAAACAAUAAGAUUGUUUUGGAAAGUUGUGCAAAAUUUCUCGGACAUUCAGCUUCGACAACUACUUAAAUUUGUAACCAGUUGUUCACGACCACCUUUGCUUGGCUUUAAGGAAUUAAAUCCUCCUUUCUGCAUUCAGCAUGCAGGAGGUCAAGACCGAUUACCAACAGCGUCCACAUGCAUGAACUUGUUAAAAUUACCCGCAUUUGAAAAUGAAAAUCUUCUUCGUGAGAGAUUGAUGUAUGCUCUCCAAUCAAAUGCUGGAUUUGAGCUUAGUUGAAUACACUUUUGUGUUGUAGUAUCAAGAUGUAUAUUGAUACAUGAAAUUUAUAUUUUCUAUUCCUUGAUUGUCACAGUCAAGGUCAAUGAAUUAAUGUAUAAAAAACAUGAGCGCUAGUUAAUUAGAGAAUGAGACAAGUAAUCAUUUUAAAAAUUGUGAGCUUUUAGAGAUAGGAUAUUAUUGUGAAUCAGUUUUUAAGGUAUAGGCAUGCAGCCAAGUUUUCUAUCAUCAGUUUUAAGGUUCAGUAAUAAUUUUUUUUAAAGUGUUGAGAAUCAUAGCACUUAUUUAUGGUAUCCAUAAAAGUCUGAGUAUGUAUGCAUUUCAUUACUAUACUCAGUAAAAAAUUAUUGCUCAUUAUUUUACUAACUCAAAAAUUUGUCAAGAUUGAGUGGAGUCUACCGGCAAGCUAGGUGGAGGCUUGUGUGCCAAAGAAAAUUGAACUCUUUGCUGCUAGUUGCCACAAGAGUGUGUUAUGACAAAUUAUGACAAACUAUUUAAUGUUACACUUCUACAAGAUAUUUUGUGCCUUGGUUAAAAAGGUGAACCUGUUUGUAGUUGCGAAGGGAGAUGUCAUUGGAUUUAGGGUUUACGUUGUAGUUCCAUGCCAUAGCUAAGCAUGUUUUUUUUCUUAUAAGGUUUUACUACCUAACUUAUAAUCUGUAAGCCUAUUCUGUGAUAAUUAAUGGUCUUGUGCAAUCCAUGAGAGGACAGUUUCAGUUUCGUAAGAUGGGAAGUUUACUAGUAUAACCAUAGACAAGACAAUCGUCAAUGCAUCUGAAAAUAAUUUGUGUGCCAAAUUCUUCAUUGUGGGAAAUCAUCCUUAUUCUUACCCCUUUUUUGUAUCAAAAUACUGAAAGAUGGGUACAACAUCACAUUUUCUCACUACGUAAAUAAAGACGAACCCCUUUCCUGUAAAUUCAAUACCUACCACUCUUUUCAUUUCCUUAUCUCAUUGCUCUGAAGAAAUAUAAUUACAGAUUCCUGAAACUAUCACUUUUGAUAAGAUCUUGUUCUAGCCAACCCCUUAUUUAUUUCAUCAGAAGAGAAAAUUCUACUUAUCAGUUUACAUUCUCUUUAGCACGGGAGUGAGGGAUCAGGGUUUGUGCUGAUUUUCUGAGGAAAGUAUGUGUACUGAAGUUCAUGUAAAAGACUGUACAUUUCUUUAUUAUGGUUCUUUUUUGAAUUUUACCACCGAACAACCAAACCAUGAGAGCAGCCUGAUCAAUCAUUUUAUGAAAAUAAUAAUGAGGCUUCCAUGAUGAAUCGCUGAAGUAUAUUGUUAGUUAUGUGUUCUGCUGUCCUUAAGUUUUAAUUUUAAGAAUUGGCUCAUAGGUAUACUGAUGAUUGCAUUGCUUGAACAUUGUAACAAUUUUUAUUUGGACAUUAAAAGGCAUAAUAAUAAAUGUGAUCUUCAGCAUACCUAUGAACAUGGUACUGUGUGUGUAAUAAAUGCUGAAAGCAGUGAGUCUUGUACUUAAAACUGUUACAAUCAAAUGUCAUCUGUCUUCUUUAAACUUUUGUCAAGAAUCGAUAAUCUCCUGUCUCAUGCAUGUGUCUUUGUUGUUGGCUAAAAAUAUAUUUUCAAAAAAUUACAAA